AGUGUUGCAUUCGGGUACGUAAGUAUUACCCCAAAUUACAAAUGUAGAAAGCCUUUUUUACGAGGAGAAACGGAGAAAAGAGUCCAACCCUUGGAGAUGGGAAACUGGUGGUGGAGAGUCGACACCUUCGGUGGUAUAUCCAUUUACGUUAUUUCGUCACCCCCGUUUGCUUCCUUAAUCGGGAUUUGGACAUGGUUGCAGGUUGCUCUGUUUCUGGGCCUAAACAGAAGCAGCGGGGAUGGGUUUCGGUCUCGACUGGAAGUGGGUCUUCCCAGUUCAAUCUCAUCUCCUAUCCCAUUCCUCAACCAGGAACCACUCCUCUUUUGUUAGAAGCAGAGAGGCUUAUUUUGAAUCAGCAAGGAUGUCAUUCCUAUCUGUUAUUCCUGAGGAAAGUGAGACUCUGCAGAAAGAUCCUUUGAAAGCUUAUGCAUGCUCAUCUGGAACUUUGCAACCUGUCAACAAUGGCUAUGCCGCAAUAGGAGUGAAGAUGAACACCAGUAAGGAGUUUCACAAUUCAUUGUAUGAUACAUUUGAAGAUAUCAGCAUUGCUACUCCAGAGGAUUCAUCUGCCUUCCUUGCAAGCUUACAAGCAAGAAAGAUAUCAUGUUUUAGUCUGUUAAUGGAAAAUGUUGAGAAGAUAGAAGAUAUAUUUGUUAGUUCCGACUUGAUAAGGCUAGAAAAAGGCAUUUUAGUGCAAUUAGAAAAGCUUGGAGCUCUAAAUUUAUUCCAUGCAUGUCUCUCUAGGACUGUCAAAGUAUCCAGUGCUCUUAAUCUGCACUCUGCACUGAAAGAGUGUUCCAAGAAAUAUCUGAUGGAUGGUGAAAUGAGUGAUCAUGUAGAUCAUAUAACAGUUCCCUCAAGGAGAAAAGAAGAAAGAAAAUUAAGGAGGGAGAGAGAAUCAAAAAGGGCCUCUAAGAAGCCAGCUUUGAAAUCAUCCCCAAAAUGUGGUAUUGGAGGGCCUCAACAGUCUACCAUUUCCAUUGCUAAAAGACCAGCAAGCGCAAAAAGUAGAAGACUUAUGAUUGCUAGAAAUGAGUCAGAAAUGUCAAGAGCCGUCAAAGAAGUAUCAUGCUUAGAGAGAAUAAGGUCAAAUUUGGAAGAGGAACUUGGGCGAGUUAUCAGUUUCAGCAGCUGGGCUGAAGCUGUGGGUCUUGAUGAGAAGGAGUUGCAGCAACGCCUACAUUUUGGUUGGUAUUGCAGAGAUAAGCUUCUAAGAAGUACACGUUCCUUAGUGGUGUACCUUGCAAGAAACUACAGAGGACUGGGAAUAGCCUUUGAAGACCUACUUCAGGCAGGGAAUUUUGGUGUUCUUCAAGGUGCAGAGAGGUUUGAUCAUACAAGGGGAUACAGGUUCUCAACCUAUGUUCAGUACUGGAUUAGGAAAUCCAUGUCAACAUUGGUGGCACAACAUUCACGGGGGGUCCAUAUACCUUUGACAUUGAGCAGAGCUAUAAACCAGAUACAUAAAACUCGGAAGUCCUUCUUCAACACCCAUGGAAGAUAUCCAGAUGAUGAUGAAAUUUCAAAAUGCACAGGUCUAUCAGUAGCUAAAGUUAGAUUGGCUGGGAAGUGCCUACGAGUUGUGGGUUCAAUUGAUCAGAAAAUGGGAGACAGCCUGACUGUAAAAUUCAUGGAAUUUAUGCCCGACACCUCAAUAAAGACUCCUGAAGAUAUUGUCAUGAGACAACACAUGAGGAAGGAUAUUCAUAAACUUCUUCAAGGCUUGCAUCCAAGGGAGAGGAAGGUUCUUGUUCUGAGAUAUGGACUUUGCGAUGGUCGAUGCAGAUCUCUUGAGGAGAUUGGAAGGCUUUUCAAUGUGACCAAGGAGUGGAUAAGAAAGAUAGAGAAAGCAGCGAUGACAAAGGUAAGGACGGAGGAAGUGCAGAGGAACUUGAGCGAGUACUUGCACUUGUAGUUUAGAUGGAAUUCAAGGUCAUUGUUUGCUUACCUUUGAAAUUGGCUGGUAGAUUAUUUGGUAGUUGAACUGCGUCAGUUCCAACUCAAAGUGAACUCUAUCAGUUGACGAAUUAAAACAAAAAAGAAGAAGAAAAAUAUACUUGCAUCGGACAUUCAAUAAUUUGUUUUGGUGAGUUUGAAACCAAAUGUGGCACCUCUCAUGACCCAAAAUGCAUGGUGACAGAGGCUGUGUAAUCUUUGACAGGGUGCAUCUUGUGUCAAAUAUCCCGUCAACCUCUACGGAUGUCACCAUUAUUUGCCCCUGCAAAUAUGUGAUCGAAUAUACAUUACCUCAUUCUUUUUCUAUUUGUAUAUUGAUAUUGGUUUGUUUUACCGUUCUGGGUUUAAUUUUGGCCAAAAAGUAUAUAUCCAACAUUUUCUUUUUCGUUUUGUUGGUGGAGAGGACUUUUUUUUCCAAUGAGAUAAUGUCAUAUAACAUUACUUUUUUGUUAAUUGCUAAUGAGAAUAUUCAUGUUGAUA